GAUGUGAGGUUGCCGGUGCCCGUGCGGUACCGCCGGGACACGCCGGCUUGAGGGGACACCGCAACCACCGCCGCCGCUCCCUCCUCGCUCCCUCCCCCCUCCCUCCCUCCUCCGCCGCCUCUCACGGGGUCUGGGGGGAGGGCACGAGGGCAGUGGUCAGGCACGAAGGGUAGUGUGUGGGGGUUUUCUUCCCCCCCUUCCCUGGGCGCCAUCUUCUUCGGCCUAUUUGCAGCUCCAGCCCUGCCCCCCCCGUCCCCCUCCGCUGAGUGAGUACUAAGCCGGUACCGAGCCUCUCCUUCCCCUCGCGCAUCCACCCGAACCAAAAAUGGGGAAGGCAACCAAGCGGAAGCGAAAGGCCCCGGUGCCCUCCACAGCCAAGGGUUCCGUGAAGUCAGCUAUGGCCAUGGUCAAGAGCAACCCCUUUGAGGUGAAGGUCAACAGGCAGAAGUUUAACAUCCUGGGGAGGAAGACUAAGAAUGAUGUGGGGUUGCCCGGUGUCUCACGGUCCAAGGCCAUCAAGAAGCGUACCCAAACAUUACUGAAAGAAUAUAAAGAAAGGGAAAAGGCAAAUGUGUUUAAAGAUAAACGUUUUGGUGAAUAUAAUACCAAAAUAAGUCCAGAGGAAAAGAUGAUCAGACGAUUCGCUUUGGAAAGACAGCAAAAUUACGGAAAGAAGAAUAUCUAUAAUCUUAAUGAAGAUGAAGAAUUGACUCAUUAUGGGCAAUCUUUGGCAGAAAUUGAAAAACUAAAUGAUAUUGUCGAUAGUGACAGUGACACAGAAGAAAGAGGAACGCUGUCAGCUGAGUUAACUGCUGCUCACUUUGGAGGGGGUGGAGGCCUCCUCCGUAAAAAAGCAUCAAGUGGGCAGCAAGAUGAAGAGGAGGAAAAACCUAAAUCUAGGAAGGAACUCAUAGAAGAGAUGAUAGCCAAAUCUAAACAAGAGAAGCAAGAAAGGCAAACUCGAAGAGAAAGUGCACUAGAACUCACAGAAAAGCUUGACAAUGACUGGAAGGAAAUCCAAACCCUUGUUGCCCGCAAAAUCCCGAAGUCAGAGAGAAGGGACAAAGAAGUAGAAAAACCCAAGCCUGAUGACUAUGAUAUGAUUGUUCGAGAACUUGGAUUCGAGAUGAAAGCAAAACCUUCAGAAAGGAUGAAGACAGAAGAAGAAUUGGCAAAAGAAGAGCAGGCACGACUCCAGAAGCUGGAGGCAGAUCGACUACGUCGAAUGCGUGGAAUAGAUGAACAGGCGAAUAAAAAGAAACCCAGUCACGUGUCAGCUGAUGAUCUAGCUGAUGGCUUUAUCCUGGAUAAAGAUGACAGACGUUUAUUGUCUUACAAGGAUGGAAAAAUUAAUAUUGAAAAUGAAGGGGAGAAUAUUGAAAGUGAAGAGGAAGGGGAAAAAGAUGAGGAGGAAGAGGAGGAGAGUGGGAAGGAGGAUAAUGAGAAUGAAGAAGAAAGUGAGGAAGAAUCUGCUAAUGAAGAUGAAGAGGAUGGUGCUGCUGAUAGCCACUCUGAUCUUGAAUCUGACCUUGAGAGUGAAGAAGAAGCUCCAGGGAAUAAAGAACAGAAGAAACACAAGACAAAUGAAAAUGAAUCACAGACUGUGGAGAAACUAGAUCCAAAAAUGGAAGCCGCCAAAUCAGAGCUUCCCUAUACAUUUGCUGUUCCUGACUCCUAUGAGACAUUUCAGUCCCUACUGGCUGGAAGAACAAUAGAACAACAGCUUACUAUACUGGAGAGAAUUCAGAAAUGCAAUCAUCCAAGCCUUGCAGUGGGAAACAAAGCAAAGUUGGAGAAACUGUUUGGCUUUCUUUUGGAGUAUAUUGGGGAGUUAGCAACUCUGGAUUUACCAGAGCUCAGAACAAUUGACAAACUGGUCCUGCCAUUGUACAAUCUUUGCCAGAUGUUUCCUGAGGCAGCCAGUGAUAGUAUUAAGUUUAUCCUUCGAGACGCUGCACAUGACAUGGAAGAAGUAAUUGAAGUCAAAGGCCGUGCAACGUUUCCAGGAUUAGACAUGCUUAUUUAUUUGAAAAUUACAUCUCUGCUGUUUCCAACUUCUGACUUCUGGCAUCCAGUUGUAACACCUGCUUUUAUUUACAUGAGUCAGCUACUUACAAAGUGUCGCAUUACAACAUUGCAAGAUGUUAUUAAAGGGUUAUUUAUAUGCUGUUUGUUCCUGGAAUACGUAUCUCUCUCCAGAAGAUUUGUACCAGAAGUCAUCAAUUUUCUUCUUGGCAUACUUCACAUAUCUCUGCCCAAAAAACAGGCCCAGGGUUAUACUGUAGUGCAUCCAUUUACACCGGUGGGCAAAAAUUUAGAACUGCUUUUGGUGUGUGAUAAGAAGGAUCUGGAAAGUUGGCAGAAGCAAAAUCUGCCAUUGAGUAUUGUGACAAGAUUAAAGGAAACCAGCACAACAGAAAUGAAUCACAUCAGGUUAUCAUGUCUAGCCCUGUGCUUUGACCUUAUUAAAAAAUGUGCAGCUCUGUAUGAGUCUUUACCAUCGUUCCAUGAAAUAAUGCAUCCUGUCAGAACACUUCUUACUCAACACGUGCCAGUGAAUGAAUAUCCUGAACAAAUGCAGGAAUGGUAUUACAGUGCUCUGAAAGAGCUAGAGAGCAAAGUAAAACAGUAUACCCCACUGAUAUGUGAGAAAAAGAAGCCCGUGCCAUUGAAACAGUAUACACCUAAAAUUGUGAAAGUUUUAGAAUUUGGAAGAAAGCAGGGAGGCAGCAAGGAGGAACAAGAAAGAAAGCAGUUGAUUCAGAAGCACAAACGUGAACUUAAAGGAGCCAUCCGUGAGAUUCGGAAAGAUAACCAGUUUCUGGCUAGAACGCAACUUUCAGAAAUCAUGGAGAGAGAUUCAGACAGAAAAAGAAAAGUGAAAGAGCUUCUUGGUAGCCUUGCUACACAGGAAGGUGAAUGGAAAGCAAUGAAAAGGAAAAAAGGGAAGAAUUAAUUUGGACUAUCUACAGCAGGAAACUUUGUUUUUACUACACUAUGAAAUACUCUGAUCCUAUGGCUUUUGAGCAGAUUUUAAUUGCAUUCUUUGAAUGCAUUCCUUUUGAGGAGACAUCAUCAGAUCUGUCUGAAAAAGUGAACCAGCUUCUUGGAAAAACUCACAUGUUUUUGUAAGGAAAAUAAAAAUAACACUUUUGUA